AUGCCUACAUUGCUUAUUGUAGGAGUUGAAGUUGUUCUGGACAUACAACAAUUUACUCCCGAAGAGGAAACCGUGAAAGUCGUGGACAAAUUUGUCAUGGUCGAAGGUAAACAUGAAGAGAAACAAGACGAACACGGAUGGGUUGCAAGAACAUUCACCCGAAAAUACCUAGUACCGCAACAGUGUGACCUUGGCCGGGUCAAGUCUAGCCUUUCAUCAUCGCAGAGCAUUUUGACCAUUACAGCCCCCAGGAAACACCAUUCAAAGCACCAUCGCGAGAAACAUAUCGAAAUUAAGAUAACAGACAAACCUAUGAUUCGCGAAGGAGAACAUAAACCAGAAAAUAAACUGGAAAAGAAACUAGAAAAGAAAUAG